CAAUUGACAGAAUACCAGUAUUAUUGUUUAAGAAUACAAUAACAGGCAGAUCAUUGAAAGAUUCCAUUCAAGUCCGAGCCAUCAACAGGAAUUCCGGACUAUUUAGAUACAAACCCCUUCUUACCAAGUAUCGCGUCUUUUCUUUUCUUUUUUUAUGAAUAUCCUUCAGAACCGUAUUGAUUCAUUCCAAAAUUAUGCUAGUCAUUGGCCUCACAAGGAUCCGAAAUAUACAAUAGAAACAUUUGCUAAAGCAGGGUUCUAUCAUGUCCGUAGACAAAGAGCAGCUGCAGAUAGUGUUCGAUGCUUUAUGUGUGAUAUUGAGCUCAGUCAAUGGACCUCAGGUCGUUCACCUUAUGCUCGUCAUGCAAAAGAGUCACCUUCUUGUCCAUGGACCAUCCUCCAUUAUCCAGAUACACCAGGUUCAAAUAAAGAAUUACAGCCUCAUACAAAAGUGGAUCAUGCUCGGCUAGAAACAUUUCAACGUCAUCAUUACUGGCCACCACCUAAAGGCAGACAUGGUAGAUCUAGAAAAUACCCUUCUGCUAUCAAGCUGGCAGAAGCAGGGUUUUAUUUUGCCCCUACCCGAGAACACACGGCAAGAAUCAAAUGUCCUUUUUGUCAAGUCAUCAUCACAGAGCCAGAUCAAGAAACCAAUCCAUGGGAAAAGCACAAAGAACUCAAAAGUGAUUGUAUCUUCUUUUCAAAAAAGAACAAGCGCGAUAGCCAUGAUUCCGUUGAGGCUCAAGAGAAUGAGCAAGCAACACAACAUUUGAAAAAAAGACGCACUAAGAAUGGAUCUCAAAUAUCAAAAAGUUUUGAUUCAGACAGCAGUAUGUGGGAUAUCAAUAGGGCUUUUGAAUCUACUCCACCUCACAUUAAAAAACCGGCAAUUACUUUUGGCAAACCUGUAAAAAGACGUCUUUUGCCUUCUGAUAAACUAAAACCAACAGUGGAUAUAUUCUCCAAUGCAUUAGGCCAGUCAGACACAACAAGACAACCUGUAGAAAUGAAAAAACAAGAACAAUUAGUGCCUUCUCAGCCCUCCAUGGAUGUCUAUGAACCUACUUUACCUAAAAAAGACAAAGGUAAAGGACGUGCUAUUGAAUCACCCGCAGCCAUGACAGCAGCAACCACAGGCCAGAAACGUAUCAGUCUUUCGAAAUCCAAACCUACUUUUACAACCAACCGCCGUCGCCUUUCAUUACAUCAUGAUAAUAACGAAGAAGAUGAUCUUUAUUUCUCUGGUACACUCUCGCCUGAAAACAAGCAUGUCUUUUUACAAUCGACACCUAUGCGAUCUGGUCAGAAUACAGUGAGUGCAGCUGACAUUUUUGGUGAUUGUCCUUAUUCACCUAUUUUUGCCUCUCAUCAUCCUCAAAAUAGUACACCUCAGAUUGAACGAACACACUCUAUGCGUGCCUUUUCACCCCCUAGAUCACCUACUCAUUCAACGUCUAUACCCAUUUUAAGCAUGCCUCAAUUACCAUCUGAAUUCACGCCUGAACAAAAGAAACUGACUGUAGAGCAAUUCUUACAACAGACAAUUCAAGGCAACAUUCAUCGAGUCAAAGAGCGUGGAGCCCAAGUGAUUCAAAUGAUUCAAAAAAAGUCAAAUCAACUCAAGAUGGAAUUAUUACAGCAAAAACAAAAACAGUAAUAAAAAGAGAUGCUAUA